GCCUUGGAGGCGUAGCUCCUCUGAGUAUCACAGCAAGUGCAGAACAAGGAACAGCCUCAGAUACACUGACGGAGGCGGAGAGUAGCGCACACUAGUUUACCAGUUGAAGUUAUAUCCUUCAGCACUAAAAACUAAGCGAAAACAAAUCUGUGCUUUUAAAGAGGAGACUUCAGAGAAUCAAAAACAGGAUCUACCCCAGUCAGAAGUGGUGUGUGUUACCUCCCAGUGGUCUGUGGUCGUCUCCCAGUGCUGAAAAUGAGUCUGAGCACCAGUGAGCUGGAGGACCUGUGGGAGUCGUGGGAGGACCUCAACUUCUCCGAAGCCCUCAGCAACAUAACGAGUAUCGACGCGAUGGGGUGCGCCACGGCUUUCAACCGCAACGCUCUGCUCUACUCCAUGUGCGUCCUCUACAUUUUCAUCUUCAUCGUGGGCCUCGCCGCCAACGCUCUAGUCCUCUGGGUAAACGUCCGCGCCCAAAGAGACGCCACCCCUCGCCACGAGACGCACAUGUACAUCGUCCACCUGGCGGUCGCCGACCUGUGCGUGUGCGCCACCCUGCCCGUGUGGGUGAUCUCGCUGGCCCUGCACGGCCACUGGCCCUUAGGCGAGGUGGCGUGCAAACUCACGCACCUGCUGUUCUCCGUCAACCUCUUCGGCAGCAUCUUCUUCCUGGCCUGCAUGAGCGUGGACCGCUACCUGAGUGUGAUGAAGCACGGGGACAACGAGGGAGGUGCGCGCAGGAAGCUGAUCCGCCGCGGAGUGUGCGUAGGGGUGUGGCUUCUGGCUCUGGUCGCCUCCCUGCCAGACACUUACUUCUUGCGUACUGUGAAGGCGACACACGGCGACACCAUGCUGUGCAGGCCCGUGUACCCGGAGGGAAACCCCAGGGAGUGGAUGGUGGGCGUGCAGCUGAGCUUCAUCCUGCUGGGCUUUGUUCUCCCCUUCCCGAUCAUUGCAGUGUUUUACGCCCUGCUCGCCAGAGCGUUCACCCGCUCCUCUUCUUCAUCCUCCACGGUGGAGCAGGAGCGCCGCGUGAGCCACAGGGUGAUCUUGGCGUACAUCGUGGUGUUUCUGGGCUGCUGGGGGCCCUACCACGGCGUCCUCCUGGUCGACGCCCUGUCUCAGCUUGGCCUGGUGCCUCUGACCUGCGGCCUGGAGAAUGUGAUCUACGUAGCCUUACACCUCACCCAGUGCCUGUCCUUGCUCCACUGCUGUUUCAACCCCAUCCUCUACAACUUCAUCAACAGAAACUACCGCUACGACCUCAUGAAGGCCUUCAUCUUUAAAUACUCCACGAGGACGGGCUUGGCGCGCCUCAUCGACACUUCCAACAUGUCCGAGACUGAGUACUCUGCUGUGGCUGUAGACAACCCACCACAGAUCUGAAACUUUCAUAACUCAAAUAGCAACAUGAACGCUGUUUUCUAAAUCUAAAUGACUAUAAUGCAAUAUAAACUUAUGUUACAACUGAUUUGUUCUUAUCAGAAUCUGUCCACACACAGCAGCCUUUGUACAGAAAUCUGCUUGAGUCAUGUAGAGAUGCUUGAAGACAGGCUAAUAUCAGCCGAUUAGACCGUUUGUCAGGCUAUUAGGCAUUAUCGGUCGCUAUAAACACCGUAGAUGUGGGGCCUAUUACACCCAAUAGUAGGUUUUAUCAUCUAUUCAGAUGGUAGAUCACCAAAAGAAGGUAUAAAGGAACACAACAUCGAUCUCGAGCGACCAUAGUAAUUAUGACAGGUGCAGAAGUGGAAGUCAGGCGCUGUAGUAUUGAGAGCCUGAAACUCCCAUGUGAAACCAACAAUGUGUAGUUGUCUUAGUGUCACAACCGUCAAGUUUCACUUUCACUUUUGAAACAGUUAUUUUAAGACCAAAAUACGAUAUUUCUCCCUAAACUUAAGUUAAGUAUUUUUUGUUUUUUGUUGCCUAUACCUAAAGAAGCUGUUCUGUUUGUAUUCAAAACAAAACGUUACAUGCAGUUUUACAACAUGUUGCUUUUAAGUUUUGCCUUCACUUUUACAACAUAGUAUAGGCCCCUAAUGACCCACAUCUAUGGGGCUUAUAGCGACUGAUAACAUCCUAUUUAAUGGCCUGAUAACAGUUUAAUCGGGUGUGAAUAUCAACAUUGAUGGACUGAUUUAAAAGCACUUAAAAAGCCGUUUUAUUAUAACAGCUGAUACCGAAAUCAUUUGAAUAUUGUCCCUCAUUUGUAAAGCCAAAACAGAGACCAUAAAUGUGUAAAAUCAUUGCUUUUUCUGUGUAUGUAGGAUUGUAAUGUAUGCGUGUGUGUGUGUGUGUGUGUGCGUGUGUGUGUGGUAUGCAUAAUCUGACAGGCAUUUGAUAUCGAUAGCAGAGUAAUAUUGUUAAUCUUUUUUUGUAUUAAGUUGUAUUUAUAUACUGUACAUUUUGCCUCUUUCGUAUUGUAAAUCAAAGUCUUCACACACUGAUGUCCGCUCAGUGCUCCACGUCAUACAGCGCUGCUUCAUCAUUAUAGUCGAGCCACUGGCGACUGGCUCAGUGUUUUAGUCCUGCUGUCUCAUUGUUAAUCAGAAGCUCACGUCACAUCAGUUGAAUCCUCCAGAAAGAUCAGAAAAAUCAAUCAAAAUUGAGUUUUUCCUGCAACUAAGGUUUGUAAAGGAUUUAAAAAAAUUCUGUUCUGUGUUGCAUAGUUAAAGGAAUAGUUCGAAUAGUUCGAGUUUUGGAAAUGUUGCUAAGAGUUACAUACCACUCUCUUGUCUCUACACUAAAUAUGAAGCUACUGCUUGCUGCGGAUGAGUUUAUCAUAGUAUAAGAACUGGAAACAGUUGGACAUUUUCUGUCAGAAAGCAAAAAAAAAAAAACUUUUUGGGGAGGAUUUUGUGCUGGACUAUUUCUUGGCUUGGACGCAAUGACUUUCUGUCGUGUUCCAGUCUUUGCGCCAAGCUAAACUAAGAUAAUCCCAUGCUGGCUUCAGCUUCAUGUUUAGCGUACAGACAUUGUAUUGACCUUCUGCAACUCUCUGCAAAUAAACGUAUUUCCUAAAAUGUCAAACUGUUCCUUUAAAAAAAGCUGUGGUGUUGUGCUUGCAAAUUAUUUACAUCGUCCACACAACAAAUUAUGAACUUUCUUUUGGUUCUAAUUAUUUCCAAACAUUGUGGAGGUUUCAACUGGGACUACUGAGCUUAUAAAGUACAUAGAUGUAGCUCCUGUGUCUUCUAAAAUGUACAGUAUUACGUAAUAUACUGUACGGACGCUAUAUUUUGCAUCAGUGCUAAUAAAAGUGGAAAGGAUGCACAUGUAAAUGUGGUAUUAAUCCUGUUGUUUCAGCACACAGGCUACAGACGGCUAAAACAUUUAUGACCAAAUAAUAUCAAUGAAUAGCUUCUCUACCUUCAUGUAAGCAGCAGCAGCUGUGGUGUGUAACAACCGAGUGUUUAUUAGGGACCAAAUAACAAACAAAAAUCGUCAUUGCAUUACUUUAGAGUUGUGUAAGUGUGUGUGAAACCCAGAGAGGAUGUUUUAUGUGUCAUAAACAUUGAGUUAUACAGUUGUUGUAGGAAGCAACAUAUUCUUUUUGAUACGCUGACAUAGAGCACAUUGUGCCAUGUGAUUGGUUACACAUGUAUGCUUUUACACUGAAAAGAUUUCACGAUGCGAUCAGGAAAAAGACUGGGGACACGAACAUGUGUCUACAAGAACAGAGGCAUUCCUUUGGUAUUGUAACGUGUAACAUGUGUCUUGUUAUAUAUUAAAUACAGAGAAAAUG